AUGGUGCGCAAGUGGCUGGCCAGCAAGGCGGAGCUGGAGGCGGCGGUGGCGCUGGACGCGCAUCGCUCGGGCCGCCAGCGGAAACUCGGCAGCGGCCGCAGACCCAACGUGGCGGUGGACGCGGCGCUGCUGCAGUGGGUGCACGCGCGGCGCGAGAGCGGCCAGAGCGUCACGGACCGACUCAUGAAGGAACAGGCCCGAGUCAUCGCGCAGGAGCAGGGGCUCACGGACUUCCACGCGUCGAACGGCUACAUCUACAGCUUCAAGGGCCGCAACAAGCUGCUGAGUGCGCCGACGUCCAGCUCUAGUGGUAGCGCUGGCGGCAGUGCCAAGAGACGGAAGGCGGGGGCGGAGCCCGUCACGGUGCAGGUGAGCCAGGAGGCGGCGGGCGUCAGCAGCGGACCGGAGACGGCCAAGAGAGACUGCAUGUUCGGCAUCGACAUCGGGCUCAAGAACGUCAAGUGCGCGCUGGUGUGCGUCACCUCUGGCAACAUCUUGGCCACGUCCAGUGUGCCCAUUCAGCACGAUGCGAGUUUGCUGGAGAGCGAGCAGAGCGUGGCGAGCAUUCUGCUGGCGGUGCUAGCUGCCGUACAAGCUCUGCCAACACCGUUGAGACAGAGCAUCCGCUCGAUCGGUAUAUGCGGCGUGAUGCACGGGAUCGUGUGGUGGCGCUGCAAGACGGUGCGUCAGGCAAUGUGUGAGCUUCUAUCGGCAAGAGGGGGCACUGGUGCUACAUCAGCGACGAGCUGGCUGUGGAGCACGUACAUCACAUUCUUGGACCAGCGGUGCUCGCCGUCGCUGUUGGCCGAGUGGAGAGCAAAGAUUCAACUUGCCAACGCAGCGGUCGAUGCGACUUCGUUUUCAAUGGAAGCUGUUGGCGGCAGCGCAUCGUCUUCGCCUAUCGCAUCCGGCUACGGGCUCGCCACGUUCGCGUAUAUGACGGAGAGGCAGCCCUGUGACAUCGAGGGAUUCGACACGUGCGGGACUAUUCAAGACUUCAUCGCGUUCGCACUCUGCGGACACUCUGCUCCAAGUCAGAACUGCAUGGACGUCACCGAUGCCUUCAGUUGGGGAGGCUUCGACAUGAACACCAAGACCUGGAACCCCCGCACUGUCCAGGCGCUCGGUCUUCCAGCUCACAUGCUACCGACGGUGAAGGCUCCAGGUGCGGUCAUCGGCCAGAGUUCUGACGUUGCGGCAGUAAUAGGUCUUCCGCACGGAAAGCCGGUAUACCUCGCUAUGGGCGAUCACCCAUGUGCGGUCAUGACCACAAUGGCACAAACUCGGAGCCCAGCCGAUCUCAACCUUUCGCGCACUUCCGUCUUAAGCAUUGGUUCAGCAUCACAACUCGCUAUGGUCCUGACAGCGGAGGACGCAGCGCAACUGAGUGGUAGUUGCUCGCUCAGCUUCGAAGUCAGACCAUUUCUGUCGGAGAACUGGUUCCUCGGAGUCGCAGGGUCUUUAUCUGGUGGAAACAUAUUUGCGUGGUUUGUAAAGCAAUGUCAGGCGUGGAGCCAGCAACUGGCAGUCGACCCGACAGCCGAGCAUCUAUCCGAUGACGAAUUGUACGCGCGUUUGAUUUCUCUGGGCGGCACCAAGCUCGACACCGAUCUCAAGUUUUCUCCAACGCUCUAUGGCGAGUGGGCAUCUCCUGACGUGCGAGGCAGCAUUGGCCAACUCCGCAUCACCAACUGGUCGUUGGGUGAUAUCAGCGCUGCUAUUUGCCGCGGUCUAGUGGACAAUAUUUUCUCGAUGGUGCCGGAGGACCUGCGCGCUGACCUGCUUCAGCAACCGCAAAAGCUAGCGCAUCCGUCUCAACUAUCGAUCCAGAGUACAGCAGAUGCAGCCGUCGGGGUUGCCUUCAUCCCGUCACUACUGCAAAAAUGA